AUGGCGUCCCUCUUCUCCUCGUCGGCGAUUAUCUUUCCGCUUGCUGCGCUGCUGCGCGUCGGGCUCCUUUUCUAUGGCUUAUACCAAGACCACAACUCGGCCAUGAAGUACACGGACAUUGACUACAUGGUUUUCACCGAUGCAUCGCGCUUCAUGUCCCAGGGCCAAUCGCCAUACUUGCGAGAUACCUACCGCUACACGCCACUGCUCGCCUGGCUGUUGAUUCCCACCGCAUGGCAGCCUGGCUGGCUAUGGUUCUCGUUUGGCAAGGUCCUGUUUGCCCUCGCCGAUCUCGUGGCCGGGUGGCUGUUGCUGCUUGUCCUGCGCACAGAGCAUUCGGAUAUGUCGGAAAAGUCCCGUCUGAAGUAUGCCAGUAUCUGGCUGCUGAAUCCAAUGGUCGCCACCAUCAGCACCCGCGGCAGCUCCGAAGGUCUGCUCGGGGUCUUGGUCAUGGCCCUGCUAUGGGCGGUGCUGACUCGUCGGACCGUUCUCGCUGGCUUGUUGCUGGGGUUUGGAGUUCAUUUCAAAAUCUACCCAUUCAUCUAUGCCCCAAGCGUGAUCUGGUUUCUAUCUCCUGCCAACAAGGACAAACCCCCAAGAGGAGAAAGCAUCUCGUUGUUGAACCAGGUUCUCAGCUUCGUCACCCGGGAAAGAAUCACCGUGACAGUUGUCUCACUACUAGCGUUUUCCGGCCUCAAUCUGUGGAUGUACUCUCUAUACUCCCACCCGUUUCUCCAACACACAUACCUCCACCAUCUGACUCGUAUCGACCACCGACACAACUUCUCCCCAUACAACACCCUGCUAUAUCUGUCGUCCUCAUUCGCUGGAGAUUCUUCUGCCGGAGAAAGCUUGGAAAUCCAAUUCGAGUCAUUGGCGUUUAUCCCACAAUUGAUCCUCUCCACUAUCGCUAUUCCGCUCAUCCUAGCGAAGAAAUCGCUGGCUGGUGCCAUGCUGGCACAGACCUUUGCCUUUGUGGCGUUUAACAAGGUUUGCACGAGUCAGUACUUUUUGUGGUACCUCGUCUUCCUGCCCCUCUACCUGCCGUCUUCAUCAUUUAUGAAAUCUCCACUCCUAGGUAUCGGUGCCUUGCUCAUGUGGGUAAUUUCUCAGGCACUCUGGCUCCAUCAAGCGUUCCAACUUGAGUUUUUGGGUGUUUCAACCUUUGUGCCGGGUCUAUGGCUUGCCUCCCUGCUCUUUUAUUUGGUUAAUUGCUGGAUUCUGGGCGUUAUUAUUACUGAUGUUGGCAAAGGUGGUGCCGAAACGUCUUUGGAGACGAAGAAAAGGGUUUAA